AUGCGCGACACUCCCUCCAAGUUCAUCGAGAUUCUCGAUCCCCAAGAUCCGCACCCGCGCAUCUCCGACUCGGACGUUCGUCUCGAAGACGUCCUGGCCGACCACGAGGCCACUCUCAGUCGUCCCCGCUCCUCCACGCAAUCCUCCAAAGCCCUCGACAAAGCACACUUCUCGCGCGCCAGUUCCACAUCACCCACGCCGCGCUGGAAGCGUCUGAGCAACAUCCUGGCGCCGCCACGACGGAACUCGUGA